AUGUUCGUCGUGACAUCAAAGCCUGCCAGCCACUUUGUUGGCCCCUCCUCCGCUCAGGACUUCACGCCGGUGCCAUCGCCACCGUUGACGACGCUGGCAUCGACCCGCAGGGAUGCUGUUCGAGAAGGCGUUGCUGUCAGCGCCACAUGUACUGACGAUACCACAAAUGGCAUUGGGAAUGGUGGCAUAGCCGGCGUUGCACCAUGCAACGGGAACAACAGUGGCUGGCCUUACCCCCGCGGCGGCGGCAACCCAGCUGCCAAUGGCACUGCUAGUGGUAAGUCGAAGCCAAUCUCGCUGGGUAUCGUGCUGAAAGGCCCCAACAGAGAGGGGGAGAGCAACCCGUCAGACUUCGCGGAAAACUCCGAUAGCCUCGGCACAGAUGCACCCCAAGUCGGCGACACCGUCGAGUCGGCAAUCAAGGUUCCCAUGACCGUCGUGACACCGGCGGCAGUUUCAAGCGAUGUGGUGGCGUCGCCGCUCACGGUGCACGAAAAUCUCGUGCAGUGGCGCCCCCCGCAGCGGGCGGUUGUGUUUCGCGAGUGGUACAUCUCCUGCUUCUGUAACGAGCAGCAAGUGUGGUGGAUCAAGAAGGCGCAGCGCAUAGGUGGCCCACUGCAGCCGCUGCUCGUGCCAUACUUCCAGUUGUGGAGCUUCACUGGCGAGGCUGAAUUCUACAUUCUGUUCAUUCCGACGACGGCUUGGCUUGGUGCGCCUCUCAGCAGUGUGCAAAUGGCGUCGAUGCUAUGGGUGGGGCAGUACGUGACCAGCACCAUGAAGGACGCUUUCUGCUGCCCACGUCCGCCGUGUCCACCGCUUCAGCUGCACGGCAAGCGCGACGCUCACGACAACGAGUACGGCUUCCCAAGCACCCACUCCUGCCAAAGCGGCGUCUUCUCCUUCUUGCUGUACUGCCAACUGGUGCACGCCUUCCCUGAUCACGCCUUCCUGUGCUGGCUGGCGGCCGUUUGCUACUUCGCGCACGUCAGUUUCUCGCGCAUCUACCUGGGCAUGCACUGGGUCGGUGACUUGAUUGGUGGCGGUGUGGUGGCCUUCCUUACUGUUCUCUCCCACGUCGCCUUCCUCGAUGGGUGGGAGGCCAGCAUCCUGCAGCGUGCCGACACGCCGUGGUGGGCGUACCUGCUUUUGUACGUCACCGUGCACCUGCUCUCCAUGGCCCAUGCCACCCCCCAUGACCCGUGCCCGUGCUACAUUGAUAGCCUGCGCUUCACCGGUGCGGUGAUGGGCUCUGCGAUCGGCCUCUGGAGAUUCUACGCAAUCUACGGUACCCUGGCCGCACGCCCGCAAUCCGACCACAUGCUCGACGUGGUGUUCUCCUUCAGCUUUCUGAUGCAGUGGGUCGUGUGCAUGGCCGUUGUCUUUGCCAGCAGGGAGCUGUCGUUGCUCAUCGCCGCCGUUGUACUGAAGGCGGUCUUCAAGUUCUUGUCGGGUGAGUGCGCGCCGCGGUUGCCCAAGUCGCUUCGGCAGCCCUACUUGGCCAUGGCGAAGGUGGUCGGGCUGACCACGCUUGGCAACGAGCGAGGCUCGCGCUCCUGCAUCCCCGUCACCGCCAAUGGUUCUCUCCCCAUGCAAAGUGACCGCUUCAACGGCGGAUUUGGCCAAGACGAGAAAGCCGCCGCGGCCGCCGCUGACGGCAAGAACGCGCUGAAUUCACGCAGCAACACGGAAACGGUGGAGGAGCUGGACGGGUACUUGAACAGUCAGCAAGUCUGGUCGCUCCGCACUCACCGACACUGGUGGCUUUGGGACGUGCACGGGCGCACCGUUUCCUAUGCCGUCAUGGGCUUCGUGGCCACAUUUGUGUGCCAAGUGCUCUUGAGGGAAACUUUUGGGGUUGGUCAGGAGCUUACCGCGCUGGCAGCGCAUCGUCCGUGGUCACCACCACCGUCGCCAGAGUGA